GGACUGGUACUGGCCUAUUCACUACUGGCAGGCAGAAUCGUGACGGGAGUGAGACGGAACAGUGAGCGUGACAUCCUGCCGAGCCGUGACACCCUUGUGAGUGUGUGCCAUCAAGAGCAGAGAGCAAAUUCGCACGCCCAGUAAAAAUCUGUCAGCGAUCACGAAAGGCAAGCAGACGGUGACUGAUAAGCCGAACAUUAGUGUAGCGGACGAGGGAAACCUGUGUAGAGAGAAACACUUAGAGUUCGAUGCGCGCUGCAGCAGGAAUGUGAGGCAUGCGAAGGCAGGAUCAGGCUGGAGGUGUCGGGAGGGAGUGAGUGCAGCAUGAGGCGGCGAGAAAUUGGUGCCCAAACUCAGGGUAGCGUGGUGAGGGGCGAGCAAGGACAGAGGCAGCGUGGGGCGUGCAGGGAGACCUAACGUACACCACGAUUCAGCAUGGAGGUCACUAAUAUCAACGGCCACAUUCGCUUCUGUGCUUGGGAGUCUUACAAUGGAGCUCGCAGACACUACCUGUGCAGUCACCGCGAGUACUGCUGUGCCUUGGGUUGCUGCGUCUCCACAGCCUUCUCUCUCUAUCAGCUGUGGUACUUCUGGCUGCUGCUGCUGCUGAUCAUCCUGCUGUGUUCGGGCGGCGGCUGGUGGUUCAGGUUCCGCCACGGGGGAUUCAGCAACGAAAGCACGCCAAGCAACGGCAGGGGGCGGCGACACGGGCGGCGCAGGGGACAAGAUGCAGGGGGACCUCGCGUGUACCCCAAUCAACACCAGUUUUACGGCCCAGGGUUACACCACGGCGCCUACACCCUGCCGCCUGGAUAUGACAAAGAUCCUCCAUCAUACAACGAAGUCAUCAGUCACCUUAACCAGUUCCCGAGAAUCGAGGAUGUUCGACGAGUUGAGGGCGAGCACCCCAGCAGCAGCACCGCUCCAGUGGAGCAGAUGCCCCUCACCCUGUACGACUCUCAAUCAGCACCGCCUCCGCCGCCUUACGAGAUGGUGCUGGACCUCAAGCGGCGGGACGUGCAGCUCACCAGGGAGAUUCAUGACCUGGAGGAGGAGGAGGAAUCGAGGGAGAGGGCACGGUCAGCAGGGGAGGAGUUGGAGGAUACUGUGAACUCCACCCGCAGUAGAAUAAGGAAUUUGCUGGGAAGGAUGAGACCACGAAGCUCCUCUGGCAGCGAGUCCAGCCAGGCGUGCCAGGAAGGCAGCGGUCGGGCAGCGUCCUCCUCCCCUUCAUCGCCGUCCUCUUCCUCCUCGGGUCUCUUCACCAAUCAGCAGGGAGAGCCUUCCCCAGCAGGACUAUUAUGCUCAACAGGCAGCAGUGCCUUCCCCUUCAGAGGCGGCAGUGCAGCAUCAGGGAAGCCUGGUGCGGCGGUAUCCUGCAGGACCGCCCUCCGAGCCUGAUAGUUCAUCUCACUCUGACUACUCUUCACUGCUCGUGUCCAGUCUAUCUUCCUCUAGCAGGUCGCUGGUCACCCCACCCUCGCAGGCACCCAUGGAGUUGGUACCUACCUCGCCACUCGAGGGGGAGAUUAUUACCCCUGAGCCCCAAGAGCCGGGUCAUGGCAGGGAGCAGCAGAAUGGCCACGAACGGCCGUCUACUUGCCACUCGGUGCUGUCCCGCCCCACCACCUCCAUCAGCACCCGCACCUUGCCCCCGCCAGAGGACCUCAUCAGGAAAACUAGUCUUCCUGGAGCCCUCCUAGAGCAGGAGGACGACAGGGUUGAAGUGAGCUGAUGUGCACCUCCCACCACCACCACCACCACCACCUACCACUACCAUCACAACCACCACCACCAUCACCAACACCAUAAAGGACAUCACAAUACACCUCAGGAACCAGAAUGAUCGCAGCAUUGUGUUGCCUUCAGAGGAUCAACCAUUGUAACAAAGCCUUCCUGCCACUCAUAGAGCUGUGCCGGUGUCUUGGCAUAGUACUUUUAUAAGCAUUUAUAUAGUACUUGUAAAGUAGCCUUCGUUGAAUUACAGGGACCUCUAUAUUUAUUCCGUUAAAAAGAAAAGAAAUAAAAAAAAAAAUGGUCAAAGCGGAAGAUAUCCUGAUAAGAGUUUAUGUGGAGAGAAGAGGAGUGGUGAUGCCCCAACACAACCAUCCAUCCAUGACUCAACACCACUCAAACCAGUGUUGAUGUAUGUACUGUACGUUUUGUUCACAGGCAGAGUAAGACUGUAAGCUGCCGUGUGGAAGUGAUGCACUCAAUGUGAUAAAUAUAUAUGUAAUAUACCUU